GUUAAUAUGCUGGAUCACAAAGGAGCAUGAAACUAUGAACAGAAUGCAGGGGGAGUGGCUAAACAAUGUUUAUAAGUUCCAUCCCCGUGGAUCUGCAGUCAAACACAGCAGCUGGAUCUCAAUCAGAUCGGCUGUAAAACAUCAAGAACAACAACUGGGUUUCCAGGCUGUUGACAACAUCUCUUGCUGGUAUUUAAAUGCUGCUGCACUGACCCGUUAAACCAGAACCAGAGGAAUUACAAAAGAUUCUUGGCUCACUCCAACCACAACAAUAUUUGUGUAACACAAUAUUUCGCUUCACAAUAAGAUAAAGCACCAUAAUGGAGCGUGGUUCACCAGACACUGAAUCCUCUGGUGCUGAUAGUGAGAUGUCAGGGGAGGAAUUGGUUGAGCGCUGGGUUUUGUAUAUGAAUCAAAACCCCAAAUCCACCAACACGCAACUGUUCUGUAUGUUGGCACUGCUGAAGGCGUAUGCUCCUGAGUCCUACCUCCUGAUGUCUGAGUGUCAAAAGAUUCUUGGCCCACCUGAUCCCAUCCAUGGAGGCCCCCCCUUUGAGGACAGAAUGGAGCCUUUUACCUUCUUCAUCAGGAAAUCCAGUCCAAACCCUGGACACGAACAUGUAUGUAUGAUUGACCAGGUAUCUGCACAAUGUGCUGUGAAGGUAAUGGCUGCCAUUGGGAUUCCCAGGAGUGCUACAGUGACCCAAAUGAUGAACUCACUUUGUGGAGCUCAGGCAGAACCACAUGUUCUCCAGUUCAUCAAAGAUCUGCUGACAAAGAGAAAAAUGGGACAGAAAGGCAAAGAGAAUUUCUCAAGGUUGGUUGAAGAUAUACGGAAGCAUGAGAGUUUUAACGAAGCUCUUUGUGUCUUGAAGAGAGCGUCAACAAUAUUCAAAGAGAACGCCGCUUUCCCCCAAGUUGUUUCUCGUCUGUAUUACAUUGCUAAAGAACCAUCUGACUAUGUAAAAGCUGAAGAAUGGGCAAAGAGAGCCAUUAAUCGAGCUCCAGACAUCUCUUACAUAGCUGACACUCUUGGGCAGGUUUAUAAACGCCGUUUGUUGAAGAUGGGUAAGGGAACAGGAGGAAUCAAGAGCAUGGCAGACGAGGCCUUCAGAGCAUUUAAAGAUGUGGAGAGGAAAGCAGACAAUGAAAAGCCCCUAGAGAUGGACACAGAAGGUACUGCAAGCAUUGCAGCUACUUUCAACAAUCAGGGCCUUUUCGGCUUCCUUCAAGUGGCAAAGAUCGCCUUUGAAAAACUCAGAGAUCAGCAACACAAGGCUUCUUUAAUCCAAAACAAGAAAAUGGAAGUUGAAGACAAGUUUGAAUUCUUUGAGUGGUACCUGACCUACUCGAAGCCUGACAAGACAACUUUAGCCACCUUACUUCUGGAAGGUUGUGGCGAUCUGUUACAAACAUUACACAACAAGAACAGCAGCUGAAUCCACCAGCUUCCCAGGUCUUCUUGACUGUUUGAAUCAUGGCCUUUUCAUG